CUUCGAAUAAUAAUUCUGUUAAAAUAUACUGAAACACUUCUCUUUCAAGACAAGAUCAAAUUAAAAAGAAAGGCGGAAAGCGCUAGAUAAUUGGAAAAGAGUUCACGGGUUGGGCUUAGAACUCGUUAUAAAUCCACCUACCGUGCAAUAAUAUUCCUCCUAUCCUUAAGACGCUAUCUUCAUGGCUUCCAAAUUAACCGAGGCAUCACUGCUUCUAUCCAUGGUCCUUACGUCCAUUGCAUUGCCGGUGGCAUUCGCCUGCGACUCGUGCUCCCACCCGACGUUACCCUGGCCUCCGUCCACAAAGAAGCCACCCAGAAUGCUGCUUCCACCUCCAUCCGAGGGUGGCGGCGGCCUUCCGGCGAUAAUUAGUACACCUCCGGCCAAGUGCUCGUUUGACAUUCUCAAACUCGGGCUUUGUCUCGACGUGUUGGGUGGUCUGGUCCACCUUGGUUUGGGAAAGCCGGUCGAGAACGUGUGCUGUCCGGUGCUGCAGGGCUUGCUGGAGUUAGAGGCCGCGGUGUGCCUCUGUACUGCUAUCAAGCUUAGGGUUCUCAACCUCGACAUUUAUAUCCCACUGGCCCUCCAGGUCCUCAUCACUUGUGGGAAGGACCCUCCUCGGGGUUACGCUUGCCCUCUCAACUAGCGAGCUUGGUGUUUUCUCAAGAAAAAACAAAACUAGAAAGUUUGGUGCGUUGGAAGUGGGUCGUGACGCUUCUUGCAUGUGAUAGGGUUCGGCAUUUGGUUGAGGGUUAGGGUUAGGUUGUCUUUGAUUGAGAGCUGGCUUCACUGGUGUGAAGGUUGCUAGAUUGUACCGACUUGCAAUGGCUUUUUGCCUCAAAAUCAUUUGUAAGGCUUUUAGGUUGUACUGACUUGCAAUGAUUUUUAUUUGAAUCCAGUUUGGUUUUAUUUGGAAAUUAAUGUUGCCUGAACCGUUGUGUGUACGCUAUUGUCGUCUUGGGUUGCAGCGUCCAAUUUUUACAAAUAAGAACGGAAUUGCAGCCAAAAAGGGUCCAAACCAGGUUUUAUUGCGAUAAGUGAAAGUUCUCUCAGUUGUCGGGCCAAAUGUUAAUUUUUCCCUCAAUAACA